AUGUCAAAUAUUACUGAACUUCAAGAGCUUUUACAGAAAUUAGAAAAGGACGAAGCAGCCACAGAAGAGGAUUUUAGAACAUUUAUGGGCGGUUCAAGUGGUGAUGAAGAAAUGAAAAAGCUUAUUGCACAAAAUAUUUAUAAAUUUAUCGCGAAAUUCCCAGAAUGUCAGAGAAGAGCUCUUCACACACAGAUGAAAUUUGUCAAAGAUGAGUCAGAACAAGUCCAAGCAUUCGGCGUUCGAAAUCUUUUUGAUCUUGUCGUUUGCAAUCCAUCGAAAGUUAUUGGAACUCUUGUUAAACUUCAUUCUGAAGCACAAGGAAGCGUUUUGACAAUGGUAAAAUCGAAUUUUAGGUCACAUUUGUCAAAUACAAAUCGCGUUUUUCUCAGAAACUUCAUAGAUGUUGCGAAAUCAGAAGAAACAACAAAAGAAGAUAAGCUUGCAAUGAUUAAUAUCAUAAAAGAAUACAUCACUUUCGGUAAAGAUACAAAAGAAUUCGUUUGCGACGUAAUAGACUUUGCUUACGAUGCUGAUCCUGUCAUAGCUGUCCGCUUUAUCAUGAAAUACAGUGAACUCAUGACAGAUCACCAAAGAGAUGACCGCUUAAACAAGUUUUUCAACAAUAUUUACACAAAAUUGAAUACAGACGAUGUCGAGCAAUAUACGUCAACAAUACAACAUUCCAUCCUUCCUUCGAUAUCAAAUAUCCCAUUUAAAGAAGGAAAAGCAGGUCAAAGAUUAUUUUCAAUUGCAGCUGAAUUAAUCUUCCCCAAGCUUAGUAAUACAGAUGAGAAGUGGCAGAUAUUUACAUUGAGAGUAUUUGCAGACGCUGCUCGUUUCGCAAACGAAAAUUCUGCGACUGAAUUAAUUAAUUCGCUUUACGAACACUUAUUUACCAAAAUAGGCAGUUUGUUCUCAAGCAUGCUUGUUGUGGAACCAAUUCUUUUCCUCAUGAGUACAUUAAUUAAAAAAGUUCCUGAACAUUCAAACGAAAUUUUCGGAAUUACUUUUGUACAAACAGGAGAAAAGAAGGAAGUAGAUGAAGCAAAGCAGGCACAACUCGAUCUAGUCAUUCCUUACCUCAAAACAGAGGCUGCAAGGAAAAUUGAAGAAAAUGAAAAGGAAUUUGAGGGUCUUUCAGAGGAAGAAAAGGGUAAGAAGCAAAAAUCAUACGAUGAAUUGAAGAUUGCUGCUACAAAUUGCUUGAAUUUCGCUGAAUAUUUAUCAUCUGAAGAAACAUGGAACGCAAAGAAGCCAAAGAACCCAUCAUGGGCUUUCGCAAACAAAGAAAGGAAGCCAAUGAAGAACGCUCCAAAGAAAGGAAAGCCGAAAUUCCACCAUGGACCAGAUGACAGAAAAGGUCCUAGAAAUGACGGAUUCCCACCUCGCGGAGAUAGACCGCCGAGAGGAGACAAACCACCUAGAGGUGAUAGACCACCAAGAGGAGACAGAUUCCAGAAAAAUGAAUAG